AUGUCCAGCCCAGCAGACCGCCAUCGCAGGCUGAGCCUUUUGCCCAUCCCCCCCGACUAUGAGCCGAACGAGGAAGACAUCGAACAGUACGCCACGUGGCUCGGGAUGGACCUGGAGAAGGACGCCGAUCUUCUGUGGAUUGCCAGAUCUGGUCUCAAGGCCUCCCUGCCCGCUCCGUGGAAGCCGUGCCAGACUGGCGAAGACGGCGACGUCUUCUAUUUCAAUUUCGAGACUGGCGAGAGCAUCUGGGAUCAUCCUUGCGACGAGUACCACAGGAACUUGUACCACAAGGAGAAGGCCAAGAAGCACGACGGCCAGGAGGUGAAGGAUGAGGCGGAUCAGAGCUUGGCAGUGAAGGAGCUCCGUCCGAUCUCCGGUGUCGGCAUCGGCCUCCGAGGGAUGACCGCGUUGGGCUCUGGCGUCCACCAGCCCAUGCGCGACGUCGACCUAGAGAAUAACUCGCUCGGGGACCCGAACGACUCUGGGGAGGCCAAGCUGGACGUUGCCAGGGGCGCUCCAGGGGCAGGGGGUCCAGGAGAGGCAGCGGGUGCUGGCGCCGACCUGGCCCCAAUCGCCGAGAACCCGCGUGACAGCGCCGCCGCUCGCUCGUUGCCGGGUGAGGCCGGCGCGCCCGCAGAGGUGUCUGCCGCUGCCCCGCUUGCGGAGCCCGACUGUGCAGGUGCCAGCGAUGGCCUUGGGAGGGACGUGGAGGAGUACCGCGAGGAGCGGAUGCGGGCAGAGAAGGAACGCGUCGAGCGGGAAGUCGCGGACUGGCUGGAGCAGGAGCGGCAGAGGAGAACGGCAGAGGGCGAGCAGGCGGUUGCUCGGCUGGAGGCCGAGAACAAGGUCAAGAUGGCGAUGCACAGGAAGGACCUGGCGGAGCAGUUCGACCUGGAGAAGGACCAGGCUUUCGCGGAGAUGAACACGGGUCAGGAGAAGAAAAUCCGCGAGGAGCGCCAACGCCUGCAGAGGGAGUUCGAGCAGAGAAAGCGCGAGAUGCGCGGGGAGAUGGAGAAGGCGGCGGCCGACGAGGCCGAAGCAGAGGCCGCGCUCAGAGCUCAGCUGGCCGCAGCGCUGGAGGAGCAGGCCCAGCUCAGGGCGCAGCUGGACAGCGCCCUGCUCGCAAAGGUUUCCCUCGAGGAGAGCGAGCGGACGCUGCGCCAGAGUCAGGUGGCGAGCCGGGAAACGUCUGAGGCGGCCGCGCAGAGGGCCUUGGAGCUGGAAGGCAUGCUGCAGGGGGCCAGGGAGGAGGCCGCGGCCAAGGAGGAGGAGUGCAGGCAGCUGCGCGAGGCUGAACAGCGGAGGCUGGUGUGCGACCAUGGCUUGCAGGCGCAGCUGGAGCAGCUGAGGGGCGAAGUAAGCCUGAGGGCUGAGGAGGCGAGCAAGUUGCGGGCCGAGGCCGCAGAGUCCGCAGAGAGGCUGCAGGGGAAGGAACUGGACUGCCUGCAGGCGCGCGACGAAGCUGCGGAGCACGCCAGGCGGCUCCUGCAGUCUGAGCAGGCGGUGGGGUGCCUGCAGGGCCUUGCCGACGAGUGUGAGGGGGCCAGGGAACGGCUGGAGGCGUCAGAGGCGGCCUGUGAGGAACUCCGCAAGGCGUGCGACCGGCUGGAGGGGCAGCUCAGGGAGUCCGAAGAGAGGAGGGCGCAGGAGAGGCGAGCCUCCGAGGACGCGUCCACGGCGGCCAAGGAGUCACUGGACCAGUCGUCGAGACAGGUCGCGGCCCUUCAAGCCGAGGUGGACGUGGCCAGGGAGGAGCGCGCCCGCCUCGAAGACAGGCUCGGUGAUCUUGCCCGGUUGGAGGCCUUGGCUGCGCACAACGAGGAUGCCAGGGCACAGCUGGAGGCAUCGCAGGCAGCAUGUGGCGAACUCCGUGAGGAGUGCGGGCGCUUGCGGGGGAAACUGCAGGAGGCCGAAGAGAGGAGGACGCAGGAGAGGCAAGCCUCCGAGGACGCGUCCACGGCGGCCAAGGAGUCACUGGACCAGUCGUCGAGACAGGUCGCGGCCCUUCAAGCCGAGGUGGACGUGGCCAGGGAGGAGCGCGCCCGCCUCGAAGACAGGCUCGGUGAUCUUGCCCGGUUGGAGACCUUUGGAGUCGACGGGGAGAGUUGCAGCCGAGCCCACUUGGAGGGCCUCCUGGCAACAGCCAGCGCAGAGGCCGCGUCCAGGGCAGAGGAGGCCGCGCAGCUCCGGGCCAGGUGCAAGGGCAUGCAGAAGGCAGCGGAGGGCACUCCUGGCAGCAGGGUGGGCGCCGCGCAAGGGCAGUCGGACGCGGCCGGCGCCACCGUGGGAGCGAAGGCCGCCGCGGCCAGGGGGAGGAGGCCAAUUGGCAGAGCCGUGCCGCGCGACGAGGAGGCGGCGGAGCUGGCUGCGCUGCGGGCGAAGCUCUCGGAGCAGCAUGCGGAGCUGGAGGCGUUGCGGCAGCGCGGGCCGCGGGCAGGCGCACUGCCCGAGGAGCCGCUGCGGCCGCGCUCCUCUCGGAGAGCGUGGUCCCAGGAGGAGCGGAUGCUGCGCGCGAUGGUCCAGGAGCGCGACGACGCCAUCCUGUGGCUGCGCGCCGAGUCCUCGCGCAUGGCCUCGGCACACUCGCGAGAGCAGAGCAGCGCACGGUGGGGACGCGGCGCCGAGGCGGCCGCCGACGCUCUGGCGGAGGUGCGGCGGCUCCAGGACGCCCUGAGCGGCCAGGCCGCCGAGGCUGCCCUGGCGCGGGGCGAGGCGGAGCGGAGGGGGCGCGAGGUCAGGCGCCUGGAGCUCGAAGAGCAGCGCUCCCGGAGGAGGAUCGAGGCGCUCGCCGCGGAGGUCGAGGGCCGGCGGCAGGACCUCGCCCAGGUGCAGGAGCAGCUCACCGACGCCGACGGCCGCGCCGACCAGGCGCACGCUGCCUCGCGCGCCGAGCGCGCGGCACGGGCCACGGCGGAGGGGCAGUCGCGCGAGCUGCUGCGGGAGGUGCGGCUUCUCAGGGACCAGCUCGAACUGAAGGAGGACGAGCUCGGGAUCUUGGUGGGCGACGCCCGCAGGAUGCAGGCGGGCCUCGCGGAGCACGAGAGCGAGGCGUGCAGGUGGCGGAGGCGGUCCUGCGCGCUGGAGCUCGAGCUCCGUCAAGCCAGGCUGCGCGCCGACGCGAGCGCGCAGGGCCCGUGGGCGGAGUCGGCGGCCCUGGUCCCGCGCGAGGCCGCCACGGUCGCGUCGCAGGGAAGGGCCCCGCCAGGCCCGGGCGCAUGGGUGGAGGAGGCCGGGCCGAUCGGCACCUCGACGGCAGCAGGGCUGGUCGCGCUGCAGGAGGCCCCUCCGCGACCAGCGCCGCGCGAGGCCACGCCGCCCACCGCGGCCGCCGCGGAGGCCGCGGAAGCCAGCGCUGCGGGGCGGCAGCCCGAGGACAGCCGCUGCGGCCCGGAGGGCGCCGAGGGCCUCGGCGGAGCCGACGGCGCCAGCGCCACGCCUCGGCCAGGCGCGGCCGCCUCGCCGUCGCGGGCGAGCUCGGCGCUGAGGCCGAGCGCCGCCGUCGGCGCCGAGCUGCUGCAGCAGGCUCUGGCUGGCCGCAGCUCGGCCGCGGCCCCCGCGGACGCCCGAGGUCAGGGCGCGCCCGCGUGGGCUGCUGGGUGCGGGGGAGCAGCUGCCAGCCUGGCGCCCGGCGAGCAGCAGGCGCCGCGCCAGUGGAGCUCCCUGGCAGCGGGCGCGUGCCUGGACUCGGCGCCCCUGGCAGCGGGCCCGCCCCCCCGCAGCCGCAGCCCCGAGGGCGUGCGGCUGCAGAAGGCCGGGCGACCGCUCCGCGAGCCUGACGGCCCCCACCUGAGCUGGCUGCGCAGCUUGCCGCUCCGCCCAGUGCCCCUGGGCCGGCCCGCGUCCGCGCGGGGCCGCCUCCAGGGUGCCUGUGCCACUGCGUGCCAGAUGCGCAGCAAGCACGAGCGUUCUGAGGUGGUGGCAUGCAGCAUAGUGCGCUGUGAGGCCCACAUCUCGCCGCAGGCCGCUACGGCCGACGGCAUCAGCACCACUGCAGAAGGAGCUGCGACACCGCCGGCCAAGGACGGAGGCGCGGCCACGGCAGAGCAGAAGUUCACGCUGACGGCGGACGGCGAAGCCCUGGGCCGCCCGCGCGGCGGCGGCGGCGCCCCGCUCUCC